AUGUCAGUCUCUAACACUUCACUCAAGGCACUUAACAUUUUGGUCCACUCACCAGUCACUCAGGACAUGAUCCACAAGCUUGUUGUUGCUACUUUGCAGGUAUUACCAUGUCAGGAUUCAAAGGACUCCUCCAAGUAUCCAUCACCACCAAGUUCUCCAGGUGAAAUUGAUCACAACAAGUCCCUCCCAUCUCUCAUGACCUUCCUUACCAAGUUGGUUAGAUACACCAACAUAUAUACAGGCACUUUAAUGGCCACAUUGGUUUAUUUGAACAGAUUGAAGAACAAGCUUCCAAAGAAUGCUCAAGGAUUACCAUGCACAAGACACAGAAUCUUACUUUCUUGUUUGAUCCUUUCAUCCAAGAACCAUAACGAUACUUCACCAAAAAACAUCCAUUGGGCCAAGUACACUGACGGGUUAUUUUCAGUCAAGGACAUCAACUUAAUGGAAAGACAAUUGUUGUACUUGCUCAAUUGGGAUCUCAGAGUUUCCAAUGAAGAAAUGUGCCAAAACUUGAGCAAGUUCUUGGAACCAAUCGAAGAAGACUUGAUCAAAUCUCAAAAGAUGAGAAGAUACUUGAAGCAACAACAACAAAUUCAACAGGAGCAGCAGCAACAACAACAACAACAACAACAACAACAACAACAACAACAACAGAACAUUUGUAUGCCUUCGCCAAGAAGAAGAUCUUCUCAAGGAGAGCCACGCAUUUCCAGGUCAUCGUCGACUUGUUCAAACUUAAGUUUAUUACACCAUUCAAGACAAGAUUCUACAUCUUCCAUCUCAUCACAGGAGUCUUCUCCUGAUGCCAAUUCUAUAUCCAAGCAACGCAAAAUGGGAUACACCCACCAGGUCGAUCCAAGAAUUGAAUUAACUGCAUUAAAUGAAGAGAUGGAAUUGAAUAGAAUGCUUGAUCUGCUCUCCAAAAGCAAAGUAUAUUAG